GUGGGCCCCACAUCGCCGCCGGCGACCGCGACUCCCCCCCUUCCCGUCUCCCGCGCCGCCGCGGCCCGGCGUGGCCCCAUGACGACCUCUCCCCCUCCACCGCCGCCCGCGGAGCAGCAGCAACAGCAGGAGGAAGAGGAGGUGCUCGUGCCGCGCCAGGAGCUGCCCAACGGAACGCAGCCAAUGGAAGUUGUGCCUUCUGAGCCAGCCGCUACUGUGGAAAACCAGCAGAUUGAGGAUCCACCAAUCUCAAGGUUUACUUGGACCAUUGAGAACCUAUCAAGAGUGAGCACGAAGAAGCUCUACUCUGAAAUUUUUGUUGUCGGGGGCUACAAGUGGCGGAUAUUGAUUUUCCCAAGGGGAAAUAAUGUUGAAUUCUUGUCUAUGUAUUUGGAUGUUGCUGAUUCAGCAGUCCUGCCUUAUGGGUGGACUAGAUAUGCACAGUUCAGCCUCUCUGUUGUCAAUCAAAUUCACAACAAGUUUACAAUGAGAAAAGAAACACAGCAUCAGUUCUCUGCUCGAGAAAGUGAUUGGGGUUUCACUUCUUUUAUGCCUUUGGGUGAACUCUACAAUCCCAGUAGAGGCUAUCUUGUAAAUGAUACUUGUAUAGUGGAGGCUGAAGUUGCUGUAUGUAAGGUGGUUGAUUAUUGGAGCUAUGACUCCAAGAAGGAAACUGGUUAUGUUGGUCUGAAGAAUCAAGGUGCUACAUGCUACAUGAAUUCUCUCCUUCAGACUCUCUAUCACAUUCCGUAUUUCAGAAAGGCUGUUUAUCAUAUGCCCACAACUGAGAACGACAUGCCGUCAGGAAGCAUUCCAUUAGCUCUGCAAAGUCUCUUUUAUAAGUUGCAGUAUAAUGACAGCAGUGUCUCUACAAAGGAACUCACAAAAUCUUUUGGGUGGGACAUGCAUGAUUCAUUUAUGCAGCAUGAUGUGCAAGAACUAAAUAGAGUUCUUUCUGAGAAGUUGGAAGAUAAGAUGAAGGGAACUGUUGUGGAGGGCACAAUACAGCAAUUAUUUGAAGGGCAUCACAUGAAUUACAUUGAAUGUAUCAAUGUGGAUAUGAAAUCGACUAGAAAAGAGUCCUUCUAUGAUCUGCAGCUUGAUGUCAAAGGUUGUCAGGAUGUUUAUGCUUCAUUUGAUAAGUAUGUAGAGGUGGAGCGCUUGGAAGGAGAUAACAAAUACCACGCAGAACAGUAUGGACUGCAGGAUGCAAAGAAAGGUGUUCUUUUCAUUGACUUCCCUCCUGUUCUGCAACUUCAGCUAAAACGUUUUGAAUAUGAUUUUAUGCGCGACACAAUGGUAAAGAUAAAUGAUCGCUAUGAGUUCCCGAUUCAGUUGGAUCUUGAUAGAGAUGAUGGAAAGUAUCUAUCUCCAGAUGCAGACAGGAAUGUGCGGAAUCUUUACACUCUUCACAGUGUUCUUGUCCAUAGUGGGGGUGUUCAUGGUGGGCAUUACUAUGCUUUCAUACGGCCCACUCUUUCUGAUCAGUGGUUUAAGUUUGACGAUGAGCGUGUAACAAAAGAAGAUGCAAAGAGGGCAUUGGAAGAGCAAUAUGGUGGUGAGGAGGAGCUACCUCAGACUAAUCCUGGUCUAAACAACACCCCUUUCAAGUUCACUAAAUAUUCAAACGCAUACAUGCUUGUGUACAUUCGUGAAAGUGACAAGGACAAAAUAAUUUGUAAUGUGGAUGAAAAGGAUAUAGCAGAGCACCUUCGAAUUAGAUUAGAAAAGGACCGUGAGGAAAAGGAGCGUCGAAAGAAGGAGAAAGCUGAGGCUCACCUAUAUACUAUCAUUAAGGUUGCAAGGGAGGAUGACUUGACCACUCAGAUAGGAAAGGACAUAUAUUUUGAUCUUGUUGACCAUGAUAAAGUCCCAAGUUUCCGCAUCCAGAAGCAGAUGCCUUUUACUCAAUUCAAGGAGGAGGUAGCAAAAGAGUUCGGUAUUCCUAUCCAGUUUCAAAGGUUUUGGCUGUGGGCCAAACGACAAAACCACACCUACCGGCCUAACCGGCCAUUGACUCCUCAAGAAGAAACACACACGGUUGGACAGUUAAAAGAAGCAGCAAAUAAGGCCCACAAUGCGGAACUAAAAUUGUUCUUGGAGGUUGAACUUGGACUGGACCUUAAACCUUUUCCUCUGCCUGACAAGACCAGAGACGAUAUAUUGCUUUUCUUCAAACUCUAUGAUCCUGAAAAGGAACAACUGAGGUAUGUUGGUAGGCUUUUUGUGAAAGCUUCAGGAAAACCUCAGGACAUUCUGCCAAAACUAAGGAAAAUGGCUGGUUUUCCACAAGAUGAAGAAAUUGAACUUUAUGAGGAAAUCAAGUUUGAGCCUAAUGUCAUGUGUGAAUAUAUUGAUAAUAGGCUUCUAUUCCGAGCUUGCCAGCUUGAAGAUGGUGACAUCGUUUGUUUUCAAAAAUCUCCAAAGCCAGAUACUGCUGACCAAUAUAGAUACCCUGACGUCCCAUCCUUCCUGGUGUAUAUACGUAACCGACAGAUGGUCCACUUUCGUUCAUUGGAGAAGCCCAAGGAAGAUGAUUUUUGUUUAGAGAUGUCGAAGGCUUUCACGUAUGAUGAAGUAGUGGAAAAAGUGGCUCAAAAACUUGGUGUUGAUGAUCCAUCUAAAAUUCGGCUUACAUCUCAUAACUGUUAUUCUCAACAACCUAAACCUCAACCUAUUAAAUACAGAGGCGUUGAGCGCCUAUUGGAUAUGCUGAUUCACUAUAACCAGACGUCUGAUAUCCUUUACUAUGAAGUAUUGGAUAUACCACUCCCAGAAUUACAAGCUCUGAAGACACUAAAAGUCACGUAUCAUCAUGCCACAAAAGACGAGGUGUCAGUUCACAGUAUUAGGUUGCCAAAGAACAGCACUGUCGGUGAUGUGCUAAAUGAUAUAAAAUCAAAGGUUGAGCUGUCUCAUCCCAAUGCUGAACUUAGAUUACUUGAGGUUUUCUAUCACAAGAUAUAUAAGAUUUUUGCACCGAAUGAAAAGAUAGAAAACAUCAAUGAUCAGUACUGGACGCUACGUGCAGAGGAGGUUCCAGAGGAAGAGAAAAAUCUUGGUCCUUUCGACCGCUUGAUCCAUGUGUAUCAUUUCACCAAAGACACUCAAAAUCAAACGCAAGUUCAGAACUUUGGAGAACCUUUCUUUAUGGUUAUUCGUGAGGAUGAGACCCUAUCUUCUAUUAAAGAACGGAUACAGAAAAAACUUAAAGUUCCAGAUGAGGAUUUCUCAAAGUGGAAAUUUGCCUACAUAUCACUUGGUCGCCCUGAUUAUUUUGAAGAUUCAGACACCGUAGCUUCAAGAUUUCAGCGAAACAUGUAUGGAGCUUGGGAGCAAUAUCUUGGACUAGAGCAUCCAGACACAGCUCCUAGAAAGACACACAAUGUUAAUCAGAACCGCCAUUCAUUUGAGAGACCUGUAAAAAUAUAUAACUAGAUGCCAGGAAUUUGAGUGGCGUGACGUCAUCCAACACCAAGCAAGGGCCUGAAAAGUGCUGGCUUGAAUAAAUUGUGUACCAUAAUUGAUGGUAGGACGGGUUCCUCAGUUUUCCAGUGGAGCUAAAAUCAUGGUGUUUCCUGAGGAGGCAUUUUCAGUACCGGGGCAGUUUCUCCUCAUCUUUCCCGACUUUGCCCCGGUUUAUAUAAAGUUUGUGCAGAGAUGACCCCCCACCACCCAUCGUCUUUCAGUAGAUAAGGCGGUAUUUUCCAUUAGUCAAUACAGUCAAAUAGCUCAAGUUUUCUUCGUUGAUCAUCACUUGGUUCUGCAGUUGUACUAGGGACGCCGAGCUGUUGAUACCUGUUGCCCUGUAAAUUAUCCAUGUACAAGUGUUUUUCUUGCUCUGACGACAGUCAACACGGUAUUGUAAUUCCAGUGAUAAAUAUAAUGUCGCCUCUUGUUUUCAUAGAUUAUUUUUUAA